UGAAGCAUUGCGUGCCUGGUAUUACGCGUGCACACGGAGAACGACUUGUGUUUCAGAGCCAGUCUUCAUCUACAUAGGUUCAGAUCACCUCAGAUUUCUUUCCUUUGGCCACGAAUUUAAUCAACUCUUACUCUGUGUAAAAAGAAGUCUUAUUGCUGCAAAUUGAGUAAUUCCCACGUGGUUACAGGCCGCAUUACUGACCUUGUUGACAGGUCUGGCAUCAUGUUUAUGAUACAAUGAUCUCAGACCACCUCGUGGUGGAUCCCUUGUCAACUCCGAGAUGUCCACAGCCAGGAAGGCCUUUAAGAUAUUUAUCGGUGGCUUUGUGUUUGGCGUUGGGGGCUCGCUCACGUUCUUUGACAAAGUCGGCUACUUUGCAACUGUGGAUGGAAAAUCAAUGCAGCCUGUUCUUAACCCCAUCCAUGAAACACAAAGAGACAUCAUUUUCCUGAACCACUUUGCUGUUAGGGAGUACCAGCUCAAGCGUGGAGACAUCGUUUCACUAGCAUCCCCAAGUCGUCCAGAUGAAGUUCUCAUCAAACGGGUCAUUGCUUUGGAAGGUGACACAAUCAGGACGUUGAGCUAUAAGAAUCGCUACGUAACCAUUCCGGAGGGUCAUUGCUGGAUUGAAGGAGACCAUCACAGCGUCAGUCUGGAUAGCAACUAUUUUGGACCGGUUGCCCUCGGUCUGGUCCAUGCCCGUGCCUCCCGCAUCAUCUGGCCCCUGCAUCGCCAGCAGCGGCUGGAGCCAAGACUACCCAAAGAUCGCCAGCCCAUCAGUCUGUCUCCGUCCCUGGUGGAGGAGCUGAUGGAAGAGUACCAGGAGGUUGAGUCUCUAGAAUUGGAAGACGUGCAGAUAUGAAUCUGCCCAUCACAGACACCCUCGCACACGUGUGGCUUGUGAUUACCUGCAUGUCUGACAGAAAUCUGAACAUUGGGUUAAUGUUUUCUGUGCAUCACAUACAUGCACAGUGUCAUGUGCACUGCUACUUUUGGCACUAACGGUUGCAGCAGAGACUAUGAGCGUUUUCUAAAAGAGUGGAUUUGGCUUAGACUUUGGUUUUGCUGGUUCCAGCCACUUUGAAGAAGCAUUCAAAAGUACAUGUUCAAGCUCUGACUGGAACCAGCGAAAUCGAAGUCUAAGCCGAAUCCACUCGAUUUGAAAAUGCUCUGUGUUGGUGGUUUUUGUGGCUGCAUUUGAGAUAAGACACUCUUACUACCGUGAAAAGUAUUUUUGUAAUUUGGAGGACAUUUUCAUGAAGUGUGUUGCUAAAACCAAAGGUUAAUUUGUAAUGCCAAUAUUUAAUGGCUCUGUAGCCAACAUUGUCACGUUAGAAAUUUGCCAAGUGCACAUCCACCUCUGGUAGUUCUCAGGGUGUUACAUCAUUAUUAUCCCUGACCAUCAGGCCCAUAAACAUUCCUGCAAGCACCUCCGCUCCGUGGGGUGUAUAAAGCAAGAUGCUUCCACUCCAGGUGCAAACUGCCACCCAAGCACAUCAGCCAUCUCAACCCUCACAGGUACCCAUUCAUGCUUCUAGGUGGAGAAACGUCAGUAAAGUAACUAGUCCAAGGUCACAAUAUGUAACCAGCUGCUGGAUUCGAACCCCUGACCCUAUGAUUGGGAGUUCCAAUGUUAGUGACUAUGCCACACACCAAAGUUGAAAUAAUCCAUUGAAGGGCAGCGAGGUCCCUGUGUAUUUGCUUUUCUAGAAAGAGCUGUGUCUCUCGAUUAAAUCAUUUGCCGCAUGUAGAGGAAGGGUGUUCAACAUAUUUUGUUGUAUGGUUGGAUUGAGUUCAGGGAUUAAAACAUGAUUGAGAACAUGCAGUCCCCAAAAUGCAAUACUGGCAUUGCAGCAUCUGAGCCAUCCAGCCCUAGGUUGGUGGGAGCCAUCCAGCCCUAGGUUGGUGGAGCCAUCCAGCCCUAGGUUGGUGGGAGCCAUCCAGCCCUAGGUUGGUGGGAGCCAUCCAGCCCUAGGUUGGUGGGAGCCAUCCAGCCCUAGGUUGGUGGUAGGUCUCCAAUCUUUCCCAGGUGUACUCAAUUAUUUUGUUGAGGGAGUUGCCAGGUUCUUGUAUCUUGUAAUCACUGUACCUGAUGUCUCAUUCAGUGUCAGUAAUUUAGCGCUUGCCGAUGCAUCCGUCCUGUCCAGCCACUUAACGUCACACAGUUGUGGUCACAGAUGACCCCAACUCCACCGAGGCUGUUGAUUGGUCAGAGUUUAUCAGCUGCUGACCCUGUCACAUGACACAGCAUGGUAGUUUUCAAAGUCAUUGACAGCAUCAGUGAAGCAGUCCAGUGCAUUGAGAUUUCAAUCACCUUGUCAAAUUCUGCCUAAUGUUGAUCAUGUAUAAAUGUGAAUUGCACGCAGGAAUAUUUACAUGGUGCAACCAUAAAUCUGUUUAGUAGAGGCAAUGUGUUGAGGUUAAGGAAGUGGGCAGGGGCUUUAUAUAACUAGAACAGGCUCAAGUAAACCUUAUGUGCAUUGAUUGUAACUGACUUAAAAUAACCAAAAAUAGCCUCCAAGGCACCAGCAGCAAUGCAUGAACUCUGUACAUCUUAUCAUAUGCUGAAGCUUGCAAGAUAAUCAAAUUGAAAUUAUGACUUCCAGAAAAUUGCAACAUUCUAUUAUUCCUAUGCACGCACAGGCCUGUAAGUCAGAUUAAUUUUAAUUAUCAGAAUCUGUGCACAUGGAAUAUUUGGAGUUGAAUUGCUUUGUUGGACAAGACUUUCAUUGCUGCAUCGUUGUAAGACCUUGUCCAAAUCGGUUGGCUGUGGCUCGCAGUAGGGCAUGAAUCAAUGGGAAAUGGCUACAGCUGCUGACUAGCCAUCUGCUGUGUGUUUAACACCUGUAUUGCUAGCCGUGGCUAUAACACUGUGUCCCAGGGGAAGCCAUUUUAGCUGGUAAAUCGGUUCCUUUUGCAAAUUGAGUUGGCAAGCCCUGUAGUUUGAUGACUUUGCUGAAUUGCAUGUGCUUUGUACAUAAUGUUUAUUUUUUCUUCUGCUGUUAUUGGAAUAGAAUUUUAUCAUUGUCCUCUUAAUAAAACUCAAAAGUAUUAAUGAUCUUGUGAUAUUAGCAAUUUUAAAUGUAAGACUCUGUUUGGAUUUAGAAUAAAAAACGCCAAACAUUGAUUUUGUUAUUUAAAGUGAGUAAAUGCGGGGCUAACAGAAUAUA